UGUGAGAAGUCCAAUUCCUAACACCCCAUCAGAGUGGGACUCCAAACCAAGAAAUCGCCGACUUACACCACCAUUUCAACCAUCGAACAUCAAUGGCGAUCAGCAAGAAAUCACCGAGUUCUAGAUACUGAUAACUCAAGUAACAACAUAAACAAAUUAAAAAAUUAUUUGUAAAGGGCAAUGAGUAAAACCCACGUCAAAUCCCAGAUCAAAUCUUCCAAUUUGCCCACAAAAUCAAUACCCAAUAUACUACAAAUUUAUAGUUUCUACUGUUGUUUCUGGGGAUUUUUGACGUAAUUUGAGAAUCCUGGCAAACGUAGGAGGCCUUAGUUUAAGGGCAAGAUCCUUAUUGAAGCCUGAUUUUGUACUAGACGCUGAGGAUCUUCAUCGUGGAAGCCGGCGAUGGUGCCUUCGUCGCUGGUUUUCCUCUUCCAUGGCUUUCUUCCUUCCUACUUCUCUUUCUUCUGCGUUCCGUCGCUUUGUGUUCGUCUGCAUUUUACUGGGUUUUGUCUUUCUUCUAUAUGUUCUUCCAAUUGAACAGUAUCUGAAAGAUUUCUUGCUAUGGGUCAAAGAGGAUCUUGGCCCUUGGGGUCCUGUGGUAUUGGCUAUUGCUUACAUCCCUCUCACGGUCCUUGCAGUUCCUGCAUCAGUACUUACGCUUGGAGGUGGUUAUCUCUUUGGGUUACCAUUAGGUUUUAUCGCUGAUUCAGUUGGAGCUACAAUUGGUGCUACAGCUGCUUUUCUUCUAGGCAGAACAAUCGGAAAAUCUUAUGUUAUGUCAAAGCUGAAGAACUAUCCCAAGUUUCAGGCAGUAGCCAUUGCUAUUCAGAAAUCUGGAUUUAAGAUAGUUUUGCUGCUUCGACUUGUUCCCCUCCUUCCAUUCAACCUGUUGAAUUACCUUCUGUCUGUAACUCCUGUUAACUUGGGGUCUUACAUCCUGGCUACUUGGUUGGGAAUGAUGCCAAUCACAUUCGCUUUUGUAUAUGUGGGAACAACAUUGAAAGACCUUUCUGAUGUUACACAUGGAUGGAAUGAAGUUUCGACCACUCGAUUGUUCUUUAUUGGAUUGGGUCUAAUUGUAUCCGUGAUUAUUAUAUUGUCUAUUACGAGAAUCGCUAAAGCUUCGCUAGACAAAGCAUUAGCUGAAAAUGCUGAUAGUAAGUGCUGUUUAACUUCCGAUGAUACAUCAAAGCUUCCCACUGUGAAGGAGUCGUCACCUUUAGAGCUUUGGCAGCCUCUUGUUAUCAAAAUCGAUCCUUCUGGAGAAGUGUUUGGGCAAUGAGUUAUUUGUAUAUUCAUUUGUUUCAAAUAGGAGAUAAAAAUACUAAAUUGUAGGGGAAAAAUACGGGGAGGGCAGAUUCAGCAAAUAUAGCACACUGUUUCUGCAUUUCGUAGCUGAUCUGCAACCAAUAUGUUAGGAUUAAGG